CAGGAGGAGGCGGGCAGGCGGCGCCAUCUGUAAACAAAACAACAACCAGAUGAUUUUGUAAAUACGAUCCCCCCAAAAAAAUUUCCGCCCCCCCUUUUUAAAAAAAAAUACACCGUCCUUGCCUUACAAUUUCAGGAACUAUAGCAUGGGACAUCAUGGAGCCCCUAGGCAUUAACAUGAAGAUAGUUGAUGUGUGGUCACUGCCUGUUUGGGCAGUAUCAGAACCUAGUUCCACUCCUAUUCUACCUCCUCAACCAACGCCCAACCAUGCAACACCACCCUUCAGAGUCAAUAAGAUAUUUAACAGUAAACUGUGCCUCUGGGCUGGAGACAUUACACAACUAAAUGCUGAUGCUAUAGUUCAUAGUACAAAUGAAUCUCUGUGUGAACCAAAUGGCUACAGUGAGAGGCUUAUUUUCAAAGCAGGGCCAGAAAUGAAGCAUGAGCUUUAUAACAACAUCAAGAGUUGCAAAACUGGAGAGAUUGUUUUAACAGAUGGCUACAAAUUGGCAGCGCGUUAUGUCGUACACACAGUUGGUCCCCGCUAUAAUAUCAAGUACCAUACUGCUGCUGAAAGCUCAUUGCAUUAUUGCUACAGGCGAACUUUGGAGUGUGCUGUGGACAAGAAAGUGAAGACCCUUGCGUUUUGUGUCAUAAAUUCGGUGAAGCGAGGCUAUCCUCCAGAUCAAGGUGCACACAUUGCAUUACGAACAGUUAGACGAUUCUUGGAACUCCAUAGUGCAACACUAGAGAGAAUAGUAUUUGUUGUAAAUGGUAUUGAUGUUAGUAUAUAUGAGAUCUUGUUUCCACUCUACUUUCCUAGAACACCCGAAGAAGAGAACUGCAGUUGUUAUCUAUUACCUAUUGAUUUAGGGGACAAGUUUGGUGAACCCAGUAUUCCUGAGAGGCAGAUUCGUAUCAUUGAUAAUCCUCAGCACAGAUACGAAGAUGUGGAGGACUCUGCUGACCUGGCUACACAAUUUCAGUCAUCUUUGAGCAUUGGGGAUCACGCCUUCUCCCAGAUGGAGGAUGAUAUCGACAAGCAGCGGCUACUGGGCGGCCAACCGGCCUAUGCCGUGGCCGAUCCAGAGACUGCCUCCAUGACAUCAGAUCUGCAGCACAAGCAAAAGUACGAGAGACUGUUACGUAGGGCCAAGACCGAGGACCUGAGUGAAGUGUCUGGCAUUGGGUGCCUAUACCAGUGCGGCGUAGACAAAUUCGGUCGCCCUGUGAUCAUCUUCAUUGGGAAGUGGUUUAAAUUUGCUGAAAUCAACCUUGACAAGGCUCUGUUGUACCUCAUUUAUCUCUUGGACCCACUUGUUAAAGGUGACUAUGUGAUCCUCUACUUCCACACCAUAACAACUACAGAGAAUCACCCAUCACUUGCUUGGAUAAGGCAGGUCUAUGAGGUGCUGGAAUACAAAUAUAAGAAGAACCUGAAGGCUUUCUACAUUGUUCACCCAACACUGUGGACAAAGAUCAUGACAUGGUGGUUCACUACAUUUAUGGCUCCACAGAUUAAGGCCAAGGUCCAUUCCGUGCCUGGCGUGGAAUACUUGUACGAUAUCAUUGAUCCUGAUCAGCUGGAAAUCCCAGCUUACAUAACUGAGCAUGACAUGACAAUUAAUGGACUGCGGUAUUACAAGCCAGGGUCGGCUUCAUCUUGAAGUGGUUGUUACGAGACGCUGGGGCAAAAGCGGAUGCUACUGAUGCCUCCUGGGGGAAUAUUGGCUUUAAGAUGGUAUCAUCACUUAUUAUGCAUUUUAGUAGCGAAGUUGUAGUUUUAUAUAAUAACGUAUUUAAUAGUUGUUGAUGAUAACGAUAGUGUGUAUUAGAUCUGAUGAACUGAAUUGUAGCUACACACUGCAGGGAUUGUUGCCAUAUGUAAAAAGAAGCUUUUAUUAAGGAAUUGUAAUUACAGAAACAUAUCUUCUUCAUGGUGUAGACGGUUAUCUUCUUCCUUUUCAUUUGUGGCCUUAUUUUGAACAGAUGGAAUGCAUCUUAUCUUUCAAAAGCAAAAAGAAAAAAAAGAAAACCUUCAAUGCCUCUAUUAUUUAUCAAAAAGAUAA